CAUUUUUAGCAAGUGAUGAUGCUUCAUACAUUACUGGUGAAACUAUUGCUGCUGCUGAUGUAUUACGAAAUAAAGGUAAUGGCAGAUGAAAAUAUGGUUCAGAACGCAGUGCGGCCAAAGGAAAAUCAAGGAGACGAUAAAAACGGAUGGGAAAAUGAAGAAGAUGAAGAAAAUUGUAAUGAUGCUGAAUUUGAAGCUAUAAAUGCUCAAUUAGAUCAGCUUAAUUCAGUUUUGGAUAACCUCGAACAAAAAAAUGACGAUAUUCGUGCAGAAUUGAUUCAGUUAUUACAAUCAAAUCGAGAAGCAAGAAAACAAUUUCAAGAAUUCCAGAAUUCCGUGAAAUCGGAUUUAUAAUAUUUUGUUUGAAAUAGAUGAUAAUAUAUUGUAAAUACAUAUAUUGAAUAAUAAAACAGUAUGACAUUAUAUUUUUUACUGUUAUAUAGUACAAUGUGGCAUUGUCUAAAUAUUUAAAAAUUGGGAACAUUCCUGUUAGAAUUUGAGUAAUAUAUAAAAUCAUUCUUGUGUUUCUAUAUAAUAAUCUAUAUAAUAAUCUAUAUAAUAAUAAACCAAAUAUAAAAAUAUAUAUAUAUGCGCAAAAUAUUAUUCAUGUACAUAUUGUAGUUUAACUUUAUUAUAUAUUUGUCAUAUUAUAAUCUAAGUUAUCUACAGAAAAUAUUAAAAGUUUUUUAAAACUUUCUGAAUCAAAAUCUUGAAUUAGGAGUACAUUAGGUUCAUUUAACAAUAAAUGAUCAAGUACAACCU